CCAUUUGAGGGAUUGCCAAUCCUGUACACGUGUCAAGUCCGGUCUACGGCCAAGCAAGGCUGCAAGUCUAACCUAAUUCUCCGGUCACCAAAUCUGGAAUCCCUCCGCUGUUCAACUCCUCCUCUCUUCCUCGCACGCCCCUACAUUUCCUCUCCGCUGUCCCCCUCACCACCCCGAGACUUGUCCGAAACGCCACGCUUCUCUCCGUUGCUGUGGUCUGGCCGCCGUCCGCAGCUCCCGAGUGUGCAGGAGAGAGAGGGGGAGAUGGUGUUCAAGGGGCGCUUCUUCUCCUCCUCUAAGAAGUCGGACUCCUCCUCCAGCCCCGACGGAUCCAAUAGCCCCGGCGGCUCCACCUUCGGUUCCCCCUCCACCGCCCGAUCCGACAAGAAAAAGUCCAAAUCCAACGCCGCCCCCGCCGCCGCUUCCCCCCGCCAUACCCUCAUCAAGGACGCCGUCGAGAAGCAUCACCUGCAGCACCAGCAAAAGAAGAAGGAUAAGGAUGCGAAAGAUUCCAAGGGGAAGGAUACCGCCCAUGCUUCCUCCCCCAAGCCCUCCCCUGCGGCCGCCACUGCCGCUGCCGACAGCGGCUCGUCGCCCGCCAAGCUCCGUAAAGGGGCGGCGGUGGGCAAGGAUGGGGCUGGGCCGGCGGCAGCCCUCUCCCCCAUCCUGGUAUCCUCGCUCGGUCUCAACCGGAUAAAAACUAGAUCAGGGCCUUUGCCGCAGGAAGGCCUCCGUGGAGAGCACAGGAUGUCGGGCCUCGGGAGUAGCAACUUGUCGAGAACCACUGGCUCUGCCUCAGCAUAUGUUUCGUCCACUUCGAUGGCUAGAACAGGGGUUGACAGUGGUGGUGCGAAGAAGGACGGUAAGACCCUAGACAAGGUGCCCGAGUCGUGUACCAGUUCUUGGGCUGAUCACGGUGGGGGUGGUGCCAAGCAGUGGUUCACAACCAGCAUGGAUGCACCAUUCGGGUGGCAGGGAAAAGCUGAUCUACCAUGGAAUAAAUAUGAGGAUUUAAGUAAUAAUACUACAUUUGCUUCGGAAGCAGAGUCACCAUAUGAUGCUUGUGAAACUCCUAAGGAGUCUGAAUCUCCUCGCUUUAAAGAAAUAAUGCAGGCUACUAGUGUGCCCAGGAAGAAGUUUCCUGGAGAUGUUAAAAGUUACUCACAUGAGCUGAGCUCCAAAGGAGUACGACCAUUUCCAUUUUGGAAGCCUAGAAGUGCAUACAAUUUGAAGGAAGUCUUGAAAGUUAUUCAGGUGAAAUUCGAGAAAGCAAAGGAUGAGGUAAACUCGGAUCUGGCUAUUUUUGCUGGUGAUUUGGUUAGUAUAAUGGAGAAAAAUCUAGAAAGCCAUCCUGAGUGGAAAGAAAUCUUAGAAGAUUUGUUGAUACUUGCUCGGAGCUGUUGUGUUAUGUCACCCGGGGAAUUCUGGCUUCAGUGUGAAGGCUUAGUUCAGGAUUUGGAUGAUCGUCGCCAGGAGCUUCCCUCAGGAAUGCUAAAGAAGCUUCAUACACACAUGCUCUUUAUCCUUACUAGAUGCACUAGAUUACUUCAAUUUCACAAGGAAAGUGGUUUUGCUGAGGAUGAGAUAUCUAUGGAUCCAGGAUCCAAGAAAUUGCAUUCUGCUGAGGUAGCAUCAGUACCAGCAAAAGAUAGUAAACAUAUGUUUAUGAAGGCUGAAAAGAACUCUGUGGAAACAGUUGUUUCAAGGAGGUCCUAUAGUCAAGAACAAUACAACUUAAAAUGGAAAAGAAGCCAGGAGAUAAAGCCUGUCGAUUUCUUCUCACAGCUUGACGUUGCAAAGGAUGAUUCCCCUUCUUCCAGAGAACGCAUGGCUUCUUGGAAACCUCUACCAUCACCUGCACCAAAGGACAAAAAAAAGUCUAUACCCCUUAUUGAUGAAUCACCCAAUGGGAAGGUCGAAUGCUCACAACUGAGAGCGACUUUAGAUAAAGGCUUGAUCACCACUGAUCCUCCUAAGCAGACUAGUUCUGUUCAUGCCUCUGUGAAUCAAUCUGUUCCUUCCAAGCAUCAGCACAAUGUUUCAUGGGGCUUUUGGUCAGAUCAGCAGAGUAUUUCUGAAGAAGGAUCAAUUAUGUGUCGUAUCUGUGAGGAGUAUGUUCCUACUUCGUUUGUGGAGGAACACUCAAAAGUUUGUGCUGUUGCAGAUAGAUGUGACCAAAAAGGUUUUAGUGUUGACGAGCGUCUCAUCAGAAUAGCCGAGACUCUAGAGAAGAUGGUAGAGUCCUAUAAACAGAAAGAUCUUCCUAAUGUUCUUGGAAGCCCGGAUGUAGCAAAUAUCUCUAGGACAAGUUUGAUUGAAGAAUCAGAUAUUCCUUAUCCAAAGUUAAGUGAUUGGUCCCGGCUAGGUUCGGCUGAUAUGCUUGACUCUCUUCAUGAGACUGAAAAUACUCUUCUUUUCGAUGACCUAAAAAAUCUGUCAUCAAUGACUUGCAAGACUCGUUUUGGUUCAAAGUCUGAUCAAGGAAUGACUACCUCAUCAGCAGGCAGCAUGACUCCCCGAUCGCCUAUAAUGACACCAAGGGCUAGCCAUAUUGACAUGCUUUUGACAGGGAAGAAUGCUACUUCUGAGUGUGAGGAUCUCCCGCAGAUGAUUGAACUUGCUGAUAUUGCUCGAUGCAUAGCAAAUACUCUGGUGGAUGAAGAAAAAUCCUUGAACUAUUUAGUUUCAUGUUUGGAAGAUCUACAAGAAGUUAUGAACCGUCGGAAGCUUGAAGCACUUACAGUGCAGACAUUUGGAACCCGUAUAGAGAAGCUCCAUCGUGAGAAGUACUUGCAGCUUUGCGAUACAGUAACUUCGCUUGACAUGGAAAAGGUUGAGGCAACAAGUACUAUGAUGGAUGAAGAAGAUGAUGUAGUUCACAGCUUGCAAGCAAGUCCUGUUCACGCUACCACUAAGGAUCGAACAUCUAUAGAUGAUUUUGAAAUUAUUAAGCCCAUCAGCCGUGGGGCAUAUGGUCGGGUUUUCUUGGCCAAGAAACGAACUACAGGAGAUCUCUUUGCAAUAAAGGUUCUAAAAAAGGCAGAUAUGAUCCGCAAAAAUGCUGUUGAGAGUAUAUUGGCUGAACGUAACAUUCUUAUUACAGUUCGCAAUCCUUUUGUGGUUCGGUUUUUUUAUUCUUUUACUUCUCGGGAGAAUUUAUAUCUUGUGAUGGAAUACUUGAAUGGGGGAGAUUUGUAUUCAUUACUGAGGAAUUUAGGUUGCUUGGAUGAAGAUGUUGCUCGAAUUUACAUCGCCGAAGUUGUCCUUGCACUGGAAUACCUACAUUCAUUGCGUGUAGUGCAUCGUGAUCUGAAGCCAGACAAUCUGUUGAUUGCUCAUGAUGGUCACAUUAAGUUGACCGACUUUGGUCUUUCCAAGGUUGGUCUCAUUAACAGUACGGAUGAUCUAUCUGGCCCUGCUGUUAGUGGAACAUCAUUAUUCGGAGAAGACGAACCCCAGAUAUCUUCAUCUGAGCAAUUGAAUCAGCGAGAAUGUCGGAAGAAACGGUCUGCUGUUGGUACACCCGAUUAUUUAGCACCAGAGAUACUUCUAGGAACAGGACAUGGUGCAAGUGCUGAUUGGUGGUCAGUUGGUGUCAUUCUCUUUGAGCUUAUUGUUGGAAUUCCACCCUUCAAUGCAGAACAUCCUCAGAAAAUUUUUGACAAUAUUCUGAAUCGUAAAAUACCUUGGCCUGGAGUACCUGAAGAAAUGAGCUUUGACGCCCAAGAUCUUAUUGACAAAUUAUUGACCGAAGAUCCUCAUCAAAGACUUGGAGCGAAAGGUGCAUCAGAAGUCAAGCAACAUGUGUUUUUCAAAGAUAUUAAUUGGGACACACUUGCAAGGCAGAAGGCUGCAUUUGUUCCUUCAUCUGAUAAUGCACUUGAUACGAGUUACUUCACCAGUCGUUAUUCUUGGAACCCAUCAGACGAACAGAUAUAUGAAGCCAGUGAAUUUGAAGAUUCAAGUGAUAAUGGAAGCAUAAGUGGAAACAGUAGUUGUUUAAGCAACCACCAUGAUGAAAUAGUUGAUGAGUGUGGAGGCCUUGCGGAGUUUGAUUCUGGCUCAUCUGUCAAUUAUUCAUUUAGUAACUUUUCUUUCAAGAACCUGUCACAGCUUGCAUCGAUCAACUAUGAUUUGCUCAGCAAGGGUUGGAAGGAGGAUCCACAGCCAAAAUCUGAAACUUAAGUUGUAUUGCUUUUGCAAGUUGUUUCAUUCGAACAAUCUCAUAAAAAUCUUCGUGUCUCAUGUACAUCUUGUAAAUAGACAUAGGCUCAGGACAACUACAGGCUGGUGUUCUUCACCUUGUAGACCACUGCUCCAAUGGCUGCCUACAAUUUUAGUGGAGUGAUCAGUCCUUUCUGAUUCUGUAUCAUUCAUUCUCCAUGAAUGGCUUUGCCCAUGAAAUUGCCUAUGGCAUGGAACAACAAUUCAAGCUGGGAAAUUGCAAAUAUUCCCUUUGACUGGUGAUGCCCCGGCAACUAGUGACAAUGGUCUGGCAGUCUUGUGCCUAAUCUACUUGUACGUGAGUGUUAAUUUGCCUGUAUGCCAAGAGAGAGGAGUUUUCUGUUGAACAAGAAAGGAAGAAGAGUGAAGGCUGGUCCUUGUGGCUUAUAGCAGUUAUUCUGUGUGGAUGCAUGUCCCAAUUUGUAUUUGCUAAUUUAUUCAUGUUUGCAUUGUCUGCA